AUGGUCGCGAAGGAAGUACCAAGAGACAAUCCCCCGAGGUUCGCCGGGUUUGAUAUGAACAAGACCUGCGAAUACCACAUGGGAGAGAGGGGGCAUGAUGUAGAUGAUUGCAACGUGCUGAGAUAUAAAGUUCAACAACUUCUAGACAAGAAGAUCUUGACUUUCAAGGAGGCCCAACCUAAUGUGCAACAGAACCCUCUACCAAAUCAUGCAGGGGGAGUAAACUCAAUUACCGAGGAGAUGCGGGCGAGUCAACAGCCUCUAGUGGUGGAUGCUUCCAGGUUGUACAACUCCUUAGUGCUGUCGGGAUAUUAUGAAGGACAUGAUGAUGUGACUCCAGAAGAGAAGUUGAACCACGUACGCAAGAUGGUAGCCAUGUGGGUAAUCCGACGUGGAGAAGAGGAGGAGGGGGCCGUGUCCAUGAUAAUGCCAUCAUCAUUCCACUCUUCUUUCUGUAAGUUUGCUUGUAUAUCUCGAGCAAAGAAGGUUAUGCCUGGAAUUUCGAAAACCCCAGCUUUGUAUGAGGAAAGGGUGAUAGCUAUGAUAACCCCAACAGUGAUUGAACUACCUGAUGAGGAGCCCACUGAUGAUAUUAAGAUGGAAAUCACUGAACCCAUGGAGAAAGAUGGAGUGAUAGUGUUGGAGAAUCCUCCCAAAUUCGAUCCUAAAGCUGUACCUUGGGACUACGGAACAACUGAGGUGGACACUGUCACGCGAUCAGGCCGCUAUUACGCCCUUGAUAAAGGAGUAGAAAAGAAGGCCGUGACCGAGGAGGAGGUAAAGCAAUUCUUGGCCGUAGUAAAGUCUAGUGAGUUCAAUGUGGUGGAUCAGCUACGGAAGCUGCCGGCUCAAAUCUCCCUCUUAGAAUUAUUCAAAUCUUCCGAGAAACACAGGGAUAUUUUGCUUAAAGUCCUUAAUGAGGUGCACGUGCCAGAAUCAAUCGAUGAAGUCCAAUUGGAAGAAGUGUUGAUCGAUAAUGGUUCGGCACUCAAUAUAUGCCCAUUGGCUACGCUCCACCGUCUUGGCAUUGAUCUUGGAAGAAUUCAUACUGGCAAGUCAAUUGUUCGGGCUUUUGACGGGAUAAAGAAGGAGGUGAUAGGGGAAAUUGAACUUAAGCUGCUGAUUGGCCCUGUACUUUUCCAAAUCCCGUUCCAAGUGCUAGAUAUACCAAGCGAUUUUAAUUUUCUACUAGGGAGGCCAUGGAUCCACACGGCAGGUGCUGUUGCCUCCAGCCUUCAUCAGAAAGUACGAUUUGUGGUGGACAACAGGCUUGUCACAGUCCAUGGAGAGUCUGACUUCAAGAUCUACCACGAGACAGCCAUCCCUUAUGUGGAGCUCGAAUGUACUGAGGAAUCCAGCUUUCAAACAUUAGAGCUGGUGUCUGUGAUUCAUGUGCCUACAGGCUCUUUCACAAGGACUCUCAAAUUGUCUAGGCCAGCUAUAGCUGCGGGAAAAAUCAUGCUGGCAAGCAGAUAUAACCCUGCGGAGGGUCUUGGAUCGCAUGGCCAGGGUGUGCGAAAACCCAUUGAAGCUCGUAAAAACUUCAAAAGAAGAGGCUUGGGAUAUAUCGAGAAGCGGGGAGGCCAUAACAACCGAGGAAGCCGUGGAAGACAUAGAGGCCGAGGUGGUCGAGGUGGCCAAGGAGGCCGAGGCGGGUACAGAGACCAGAGUGAACGCAUUGCCCAGACUAAAGAGGACGAGGGCUAUCAAAGCCCGUUUUCCCUGUUGCUGGAGGAGACGUUUCCAGGACCCCCAAGGAUGUUGUUCGAGGAAGAGGAGAAUAUCUAUGGUGUGACCGAGCUAUUCGAGGAGGAUGUCAUAUGCACCAUCCUGGCGUGCGAGGAAGCCGAGUCCUCUGAAGUCACGACUGUCCCUCCAGAGCAUUACAUUAUGCAUAAUCAUGAUAAGGACGCAUGUGACUCAGAUGUGCAUGAAGAAAGUCCCUCAGGUUCUGAUGACACGGAUGACGAUGAUCAGAAAGGGAUCGAGUGCGAAUGGAAUCGACACGAAGAAUCGAAGCCGUUGACUAAAGAGCGAACAAUCACCAUAAAUCUGGGCGAUGUAGAGAAUGUCAAGGAGGUAAAGAUCGGAGCCUGUCUCUCAGAAUCAGAAGCGGAAAGGAUGACUAAUCUCCUAAAAGAGUAUCAAGAUGUAUUCGCCUAG